AUGGGGUUUGAUAUGUUACACUCCAGCUUCGAGGACCAGCGAGAGACAGGGGUUUUGCCAGAUGGAUCUCCUCCAGUGACAUGGGAGCAAUUUGCUACUGCAUUAGAAGAUCAAUUUAUCCCUUGGAGCGUGAAUGAUAAGAGUCGCUUGAGGUUUGAGAGUCAGAGACAGGAUGGUUUAUUGGUUACACAGUAUGAGGCACGUUUUUGCCAGUUUUGUACGCAUGGGUUGGCGAUUGUUCUAAAUGAGACACAGAGGAUCCGCAGAUUUGUGAGGGGAUUGACUUUUUCUAUUAGGUCAGCUGUGUUUCAUGCAUCUAGGGAGGGGUCUUCUUUUCAGUCCAUUAUGAGCGCCGCCAAAGAGGCGGAAUUGAUUGAGAGAGAUGAGUUUGGGGAACUUAAAAGGGCGUAUAUAUUAGGUCAGUUUCAUGGUGCCUCAUGUGGAGAGAAUGGUGGAGAGAAAGAUUUGUCUUACUUAGCGUUUACUCAGGAUACUAGUGUUGAAUCACCUCACAUGUACUCUGUUCCCGUGGUUAAGAAGUUUCUCGAUGUAUUUCCUUCUGAUCUUCCAGGUUUUACUCCCAAUCGGGAUAUGGAUUUUGCUAUUUAUUUGGAGCCGGGAACUAAGCCUAUUUCUAUACCACUAGAUCCAUUCAUGGAGUUGAUGAAUGAGGUGUUUCGACAAUACGUUGAUUCUUUUGUGAUUGUUUUCAUCGAUGACAUAUUGCUUUUCUCCAAGACUAAGGAGGACAUGUCUGACACCAGAGGAUUGUACUUGAGAGGUUGA